AUGACACUCGCGCAGACCAAGACAGUCCCUCUCCCCUCUGGAGUUAACAUGUUCUACCGCGAGCAGACACCAACAGCAGGAGCACCAGUCAUUCUCCUACUGCACGGGUUUCCGUCCUCGUCACAUCAAUUCCGAAACCUGAUGCCCCUUCUAGCAGCCAAGUAUCGUGUACUUGCCCCUGAUCUGCCAGGCUUUGGCUUCACCGAGGCACCAUCGACCUACAAGUACACAUUCGACAACCUGGCAGCUGCAGUCGCCGAAUUUCUGGAUGAGCUCCGCAUCACCAAAUUCAGCAUGUACAUCUUUGAUUACGGUGCGCCGACAGGUCUGAAGAUUGCCCUCCAACGUCCAGAUGCCGUUCAAGCCAUCGUCACACAGAACGGGAAUGCCUACGUGGAGGGCUUCGGUGACAUCUGGGCUCCAAUUCAAGACCUGUGGGCAAGCAACAACAAGCCAGAAAACAGACUGAUAGUCGAGAAGGCAAUGUUGUCGUUUGAAGCUAUCAAGUUCCAGUAUGUGAAUGGGAACCCAUAUGCGGACAGGGUUGCUCCAGAGUCAUAUUAUCUUGACUAUGCGCUUUUGCAGCGCCCUGGAAAUAAAGAGAUUCAAUUGGAUCUCUUCAUGGACUACCGAACCAAUAUUCCUCAAUAUGCCGACUAUCAGCGAUACUUCCGAGAAUCUCAGGUUCCGCUUUUGGGAAUUUGGGGCAAGAACGAUGUCUUCUUUAUCCCUCCCGGCGCAGAGGCGUACAAGAGGGACUUGCCAAAUGCUGAGAUCAAGAUGAUUGAUGCAGGCCAUUUUGUUGUGGAGAGUCACACUGAACUCCUCGCUCGCGAAAUAACGGCAUUCUUGUCUAAAAUUGAAUAG